GUCAUUGCUAUUUCUUUUGGAAUUAAAAACGAUUUCCUGUUAGAUUCCACUUUUCCCGUGAUCUAGCUGUUUCUUUAGUGGUUAUUUGACUUGUACAUAGUUUGCAUCUGUUGAGAAUCAUAGUUUACCUACAACAAGCAUCCAUUUCCACAAGAACACAUUAUUGCUCCCAGGGCCGAUAUCGGAAUCAAAGGUAUCAAGAACCCUCUACAUAUAAGAAUACCCACAUCAUAGACAGUUUUACAUAAUCAGACGCCUUCAACGCCAUAUGGUAAAUAUGAAUUAUAGCACAAAGUUCCCUUCCAAAAGUUUAUUUGUAUUCCUUGCACCAGUGUUAUACUUAACCAGUGAGUUUGUCAUUUCCCGAUUCUCCAAAUCGAGAGUCACUACUGGAUCGAAAAAGUUGACAAGUUCCCAAGGCUCUACUACUGCAUUUUUUGAUACUCCGAUCAACCACCAUACUUACAGAACUGGUUGGAUUCAAGAUCAUUUCUACAAUACUUCUAAUGUCAAGAAGUAAACCCAGAUGCAACUAAAGGUUAGUCUUGCUGGUUCAAGCUAGUUCAUCUAAUAGCAUAAACAUUUCAUGUGAUAUGUACUAAUAUACUUUUGCAUCUGACUGGAACAUAUGAAAUAGUAUAUAUCUGCUCUAUACUAUUAUAUGUUUCGUAUCUCCUGAUACUACAUGUUGUCACUUCCGAACAUUGAUACGAAUUUUUUUUGGCAUUAUUUUGUUUAUAUAUAUAUAUGUGUGUGUGUUGUUAUAAUACUUGGAAUUGUAACAUAGAACCAUUCUAAAUACACGUAAGUUUACGUAU